GGUAAGCAUGGACCUUGAUUUUUGUAUAGAUAAUUAUACUCAUGACAUAUCUGGUGUCAUGUAUGUUACUAAUAACAUACCUGGUCCAGGUAUAAAUGUGGAUGAUUUUGAAUCUGUAUUUACGUCAGGUUGUUCAUGUACAUUAGAAUGCUCAGAGUGUACUUGCACUCGUGGUUCUGCUAAUUAUAUAAAUGAUUGUAUUAUUGAAGAAAAAUUAUCAGUACCAAUUCUAGAAUGUAAUCCUUAUUGUACAUGCAGUCAGAAUUGUGGUAACAGAUUGGUACAGCGUGGUCCAUUAAAUACUCUUCAAGUAAUUAAUGUUGAUAAAAAAGGUUUAGGUCUUAUAACAACGAAAUUCAUAAGAAAAGGGCAAUUCAUUUGCGAAUAUGCUGGUGAAAUAAUAGGCAUAGAUGAAGCAAGGCGCAGGGUCGAAGCUAAUAAAAAUGACAAUAGUAUGAAUUAUGUUCUUGUAGUUUCUGAACAUAUAGGAGAACAAGUAAUUGUAACAUGUGUAGAUCCAAAAUAUUUUGGCAAUAUUGGAAGAUAUAGUAAUCAUAGCUGCCAGCCAAAUGCUAAUCUUGUACCUGUCAGAGUUGAAAGUGUUACGCCACGAUUAUGCUUAUUUGCAUGUAGAGAUAUACAAAGUGGAGAAGAAAUUACUUUUAACUAUGCCAGUGGAGUGACAAAUUCUAUUAAUGAUUUAAGUGAUACACCUUGCUUUUGUGGUUUCAGCAAUUGUUUGGGUUAUUUACCACAUAAUUCUAUUUAAAAUAUGCAAAACACUUUUAAAAUAUUAGGUAUAACAGUUAAUUUGGUGUCUUUUUACUAUUAUUUUUUAAAAUAGUCUCUGACUGUGAAUAUAUAUAUAUAUAUAUA